AUGGCCCUGAAGGAGGGCGGCGGCCCCGGCGCCUCCACCGUCACCACCACCACCAUCCUCCCCAUCAGCGAGAUGGUCUCCGGCGGCUGCUCGGCUGCCGUCCCGGCCUCGGGGCCGCCGUCGGGCCCGGCCUUCCCCGAGGUGGUGGAGCUGAACGUGGGCGGCCAGGUCUACGUGACCCGCCACUCCACCUUGCUGAGCGUGCCGGACAGCAGCCUGGCCCAGAUGUUCUCGCGGGGGCCCCGCCAGCUGCCCCGCGACGGCCGCGCCCGCUUCUUCCUCGACCGCGACGGCUUCCUCUUCAGGUACGUGCUGGAUUACCUGCGCGACAAGCAGCUGGCGCUGCCCGACCACUUCCCGGAGAAGGAGCGGCUCCUGCGGGAGGCCGAGCACUUCCAGCUGGCCGGGCUGGCCCAGCUGCUGGCCGCCCGCGGCGCCCCGCGAGGCUCGCUGAACGACGAGGGCUGCCCGAGCGACCCGGAGGACGGCAGCCCGCCCGGAGGCGGUGUGGAGCUGCCGGCGGGGCUGCCGUCCGCGCGAGCCGGAGAGAGACGCUCGGGCUUCUUGAGCCUGGGCUACCGGGGCUCGACGGCGGCGGCGACGGUGCGGGACGGGCAGGGGGACGCCAGGUUCCGCCGCGUGGCCCGCAUCCUGGUCUGCGGCCGCAUCGGCCUGGCCAAGGAGACCUUCGGCGAGACGCUGAACGAGAGCCGCGACCCGGACCGGCCGCCGGAGAAGUACACCUCCCGCUUCUACCUGAAGUACACCCACCUGGAGCAGGCCUUCGACCGGCUGGCCGAGGCCGGCUUCCACCUGGUGGCCUGCAACUCCACCGGCGCCGCCGCCGCCGCCGCCGUCAACCAGUACCGGGAGGACAAGGUCUGGAGCAGCUACACCGAGUAUAUCUUCUACCGACCGCCCCAGAGAACUGUGUCUCCUAAACAAGAACACGAAGAUGGGAAACACGAAAAGGUGACGGACAAAGGAAGCGAGAGUGGAACGUCUUGCAACGAAUUGUCCACCUCCAGUUGCGAGAGUCAUUCCGAAGCCGGCACGCCUCAAGAGAACGCUACCAGCACCCAGCAGCCUACAGGCCACCAGCCCAACACUCUGACAUUGGAUCGCCCAUCGAAGAAGGCUCCGGUUCAGAAAAUGCCUCCACCGGAUAAGCGUCGAAACAGCGAACUUUUCCAGACUCUCAUGAGUAAGUCCCGAGAAAUAAACCUCUCCAAGAAAAAGGUCUGCGAGAAGCUCAGCGUUGAAGAAGAGAUGAAAAGAUGCAUUCAGGAUUUUAAAAAAAUCCACAUCCCCGAUGAUUUUCCAGAAAGAAAACGUCCAUGGCAAUCUGAACUGUUACAAAAAUACGGGCUAUAG